AUGAAAUCAUUUUUAUUAUUAUUAUUAUUAUCGACACUCUUGAAUGUCAGUGCGAAUCAACCUCCUUGUGGUACUUGGUUAAAUAAUUCAACUCUUAUUGUAUUAGAAUCUGGGACAUUCUCUUUAUCAACACAACUAUUGAAUCCAAGGUAUGUUAGUUCAAUUCAAUUUGGAGGAUUGAAACUUCGUAUUACCAACAUUGGCUCGAUAGAAAUAAUCGAAAUUUCAAAUAAUCGUCAAGUAUGGAGUUGGGGUCGAACAAAUAUUAACUGUACAAAUAGUUGUAAGGCAACAUUUCAAAGUGAUGGUAAUUUUGUUUUAUAUUAUCCAGAUAAUCAAGGUGUUAUUAGUACAAAGACAUACAACGGAGCUGCAUCCUAUAUUUAUUUAACAACUCAACCACCAUAUUUUCAGUUAUUUAAUUAUACUUGCGAAGUUGUUUGGCCCGGCUCUCGUGGUCAACCCACAUUUGGCCCAAUAGCUCGUUCCACUCAAGAUCCAAGUCAAAAUCCAGUAGUUUUACCAUUUUAUCACACAACGAUACCCGCUGCUAGAUUUAAAGAAUAUUUUGGAGUUUGCACGCAUUUAUCACACGGUUGGUCGGCGAGUUUAGUAACAAGUUUAGCCCCAUUUGUUGGUACUAGCACAAUUCGAGAUGGAAUACCAAAUGCAAAUCAAUAUGCAGCAUACAAAGCGGCUGUAGAUGCCGGACUAAAAAUUAAUUUUCUUUUUGGGGGGCCUUCUAAUAUAUCAGGUUUACAAGAUCAAAUUAAUCGAAUAUUAACAUUGGUCAAUAAUUAUGAUGUACCAAUUUCAUCUAUAAAUAAUUUUGAAGGUUUUAAUGAAUUGAAUAAUUUUGGUUUUACAUACAAUGGCAUUAAUCCAGCAACUAGUUAUACUGGCAUGGCUGAAGCCAUGAAGGACUUAUAUCUUCUAAUAAAAUCAACACCUCAGUUUAAUGGUAUUCGUGUUUAUGAUUUAACAGCCGCUUCAUUUGGUCCAGAUGCUGCCGAUGCUGGUUUACUAAAUUACAGUGGACGUGCUGAUUACGCCAAUAUUCAUGCGUAUCCUUAUAAAGGUGCACCUGGUUAUUAUGCAUCUAGAAAUAUCUUUUAUGAAGGAAUGAAUGGAGAAUAUCCAACAUUUACUGUAAACACACCACGCGUUAUCACCGAAACAGGUUAUUAUACAUUAUUAGAUGGGAAGCAUGGUGUUAGUGAAAUAGCACAAAGUAAAAUGCAAAUUAAUUUACUGCUGAAUGGUCUAUUAUUAGGUUUUGAACAGAUGUAUUUAUAUGAAUUGUAUGAUGAAUCAUGGAAUGCUCCAAAUAAUCCGGAGGAACACUUUGGUUUAUUUCGUCACGAUCGGACACCUAAACCAAUAGCUUAUGCAUUGCAUUGGCUAAGUUUGAUCCUAAAUGAUACCGUUCCAUCGACAUCAUCGCAAGCUACUUCACAUACAUUGAUCUAUGCUCUAUCGGGUUUACCAAUCACUGCUCAACACCAAUUAUUCUAUCGAUAUAUGGAUUCAACCUACAUUAUUGUUGUAUGGAAUAAUAUUCCUGUAUGGGAUAAUUCAGCUCAAAAAGAGUUAACACCACCUCAACCAGUUCAAGUUACAUUAGAUUUAGAUCAUGUCUGUUUUAGAAGUAUCACAGUCUAUGAUAUUUAUGCAACAACCGAUCCAAUUACUACACCACUACACCAGGUUAAUACGGCUAGUUCUCUACAAUUUAGCUUUAGUGAUACUGCAAUUGUUAUUGCGGUAGAAUAUUAG